AUCUUCACUCUCGAACGAAAGGGUUGCCAUUUUACUUAUAGAUGUUGUUGCUAUUUGGCAUCUUUUUUUGGAGCAUUAACAUAAAUAUUAAAUCCCGUUAGCAAUUAUUUUAAAAUUUGAUUCCUGAAAUUUUUUAUUGUUUUUCUUUGCUAUUAAAAAUAUAUAUAUUGCUUGCUUAUUCAAACUCUUUAAACGAAUCAUUAUCUCUAUUAGUAUUUGAAUGAGUUUAAAAAAUUUGAAAUUGUAAAUGAAAGUAGCCAAGAGAGCGAUAAAUGAUUAUAUGUAAAGGUGAUUUCAAAUUUCCAUUGCCACAUUCUGCGAUCACAGGAGUGCCGGAAUUUUGGUGUUAUAGUUGUAGUAAACAAGCAAAGGAAAAGUUAAAUUGUUUUUAAUAACAAUAUUUAUAUUCUCAUAUACUUCUAGAAAUAUAAACUAAAUUUAUAUUUCACAUCAGGACAUGAUAAGCAAAGUUACAGAAACAGAUUGACGUCAGUGUGGAGAUUUUGAUUUCCUGUGUUUAUCAACCUAAAUUUUAGCCUUCAUUAUGUCUGUUAAUUUAACAAAACAUAAAAAUGCUUUACUUGAUGCUAUGAAAGAUGUUGUGGAUGAUAAAUCUGAGACGGAUUGGGCUUUGUUUGGUUAUGAGAAGCAAUCAAAUGAUUUGUAUGUGGUUGGCAAAGGAGAUGGAGGACUCGAAGAGCUUGUGGAUGAAUUGAACAGUGGAAAAAUUAUGUAUGCAUUCUGUAGAGUUAUUUGUCCUAACAGUGGACUUCCGAAAUAUGUAUUUAUCAACUGGCAAGGAGAAGGAGCUCCAUUGACUCGAAAAGGAACUUGUGCUAAUCAUGUUGUAGAUGUUUCAAACUUUUUUAAGGGAGCACAUGUUACCAUAAAUGCAAGGAUGGAAGAUGACGUGGAACCUUCUCUGGUAUUAGAAAAAGUAUCCAAGGCUUCUGCAUCUACAUUUAAUUUCAAGGAUAGAUCUGAACCUGUAGAAAACACAACACCAGUAGGAAGUGUUUAUAAAAGGAUUAAGCCAACACUUGAGAUAAAUCCAGUUGAAAGAGAAAAAUUUUGGAUUAAGGAACAGGAAGAAGAGAAGAAACGAAUAGUUGAUGAAAGAAAAAAGGCAGAGGAGGAAAGAAAACGGUUAGAUGAAGAAAGAAAAGAACGAGAGAUCAAAGAUUGCACUGCUCGGGAGGAAUGGUCUGCAGAACGGUCUAGAUCAAUAAAUAAGCUGCGUGAAGCUGAAAGGAAUGCAAACAAUUCUGCAAGAAAUACAGCCCAAGAAAAAAAGCAAUGGGAAAAACAAUUAGAGGAUGAAGCUGAAGAUGAGAAAAAAAGGAGAACAAAAAGUGAAAGUUUGAGAAGAGAAAGAAGUCAUGAAGCGCAGUCCUUGAUAUCCCAGAGGACAAUCAAUGCCAGAGCUAUUUUUGAGCAGAAUACGUGUGCAGGUCAAAUGAGUAGUGUAAAUGCCUCCAGACAGCCUAAAGUUCUUCAGGAGUUUGAGCAAAACCAAGCGAGGUACGAAAGUCAACCGAACAGCGCAAACCUUAGUCCCACACAAGAAGAAGCAAAGCCUGUGCCUGCUGCAGAAGUAUCCUCUGCAGUAUCUCCUCCUCAAGAUUUCAACUAUACUAGAAAUUUACUGAAAGAAGGUUUGCCUCCACGCCAAGAUUCAGAAAUGGAGUUGAAUGCAGAAGAAGAAGAGCAAAACUGGGAUGAACCAACUCUAGAAGCUCCGCCUAAUGUUCGAGAUCCAUUGGUAGAAAUGAUGGCAGAGCAUGGCAUAUUACGUCAAACAGUGGAUAACACUCAGGUUAUUUCAUCCAGCACUUUUUCAGAUGGAUUGAGGGCACGUGCCCUCUAUGAUUACCAAGCUGCUGAUGAGACUGAAAUUUCAUUUGACCCUGAUGACAUAAUCACCCAGAUAGAACAAAUUGAUGAAGGUUGGUGGCAGGGUAUGGCUCCUGAUGGUUCUUAUGGUCUCUUUCCUGCAAAUUAUGUAGAAUUGUUGGACUCAUAAGAUCUUUUUUUUAUUAUGCCCUCAUUUACUAUCUGUGAUGAAAGGAUAAUUAUCAAAAUAGUCAUUUUUUUUCACCUUCUCUCUUUAGCAGACCAUUCCUAUAAAUAUAAAUUGUAUUAUGCAUUGUUGUUUGGAUUGAUAUAAUACUUAUAACAUUUUGCUAAAAUCCUACUAGAUAUAUAUUUAUGAAAAAAAGUAUUAAAUAUCUAAGAGUUAUUACAUGAAAACUAAAAGAUCCACCUUAAAUUUAUAGAAACCUGAAUGAAGAAAUACAGGAUGGUUAAAAUUAAACUGACAAUGCUCAUGAACUACUAGCUCCAGUUAUACUAGAUGGAUUCAAAUUAAAGUUUUUAAUAUAUAAUAUGUAAAUCGAGUGGUCUAAUAAGUGGUUGUAAAAAGUUAUACAAAAUUUUACCACCAGUUUCCACUGUUAUCAAAUAAAAAGAAAAAUAACAAAUUAGAAAUCAAAAAUUAACAGAAUAUUUUAUUUACUUGUGUGCUUUAUGUGCAUACUUUAUUAUACAAAAAUAUGCUAAAAUAACCCCACUGAAUUAUCAACAUUCCCACAUUGUAGGAAUUAGCAGGGUAUGGAGAAUGAUGCUGACUUUCAAGACCUUUUAAGUUGCAUUUAAACAUUUUCUUAGUUACAUUUCUUUUAUUCUCGAUAAGCAUAAAACCUCACAUCCAGAUGUCACUAGGGUUUCAGAUCCGGUAACCCUGCUGGCCAAUUUAGUUUUUAAAGCACAUUACUUAAGCUACACAUUUGCAUGUACUCUUUAACAGUACAGCACCAUCUAAAUGAAAACUCCAAACUAUAUUUUUCUGAUUAAAAUCUCAACUGCAUUUACUGGCAUCUUUUAUUGAAACCUUUUACAGACACAUGAUUUUUCAGCAUUUUUACUGAAUUUGAUAUUUUUGGAGCAAUGUUUUCAUUAUCAUGUAAACUCAAAAUAUGCUGAUAAAUUGGAAUAUUUAUGCCAUUUCUGUGUUUUUGAUUCUAAUUUGGUGUCAUGUUUAUCUUCAGUAGAACCAGAGUUGCGAACUGAAUAUUUGCAGUUUACUUUUAAACAACCUGUAUUUUGAAGUUAAUUUCUGUAUGAAUGAAUCCAAGCAUUUAAAGGUGAGAACAAGCGAGUGAAUCUUGCAUUUUAAGGUGAAUUACUGAGGAAAUGAAUGAAGUUGAAUUAUUGAAUGAGUGAAUCUUGUAAGCAAAGAAAUAUUAAAUAUAAGUUUAAUUAUGCAUCCUAAAUUUAUAAAAGUCAGAAUAAAAAAUUUUAUUUGUGGUUACGAUUUACUGAAUGAAUAAAUCUGAGCAUUUAAAGGUGUGAUUAUAAUAGUGAAGUUGAGUUAUGAAAUGAGCGAAUCUUAGCAUUUAAAGUUGAAUUAAUCAGUGACUUUUCUUAGCAUUUAAAAUUAAGAUUUAUUUUUGCUAAACUAAGGUUUUUCAUUCAGGUAUGAUUUUCUGUAGCUUGUAUGUAUUGUUUUAAAUUAUUAUAUAAAAGUUUCUAGAGAUUUCUCUGUAACUUAAAAUUGAAUUAUACUUUCUUUGAAGGCAGGGUUCUACAAACAGGUAUUUUGUUUAAUCUUGGUACUUAUUUUAGGAUUUGCUUUUAUCGUGAAUUUAUUUAUGUCUUUUUUUUUCAGUUUUAAACAUUUUUUGAAAUAUAUUAAUUAAAAAUAUUUGGUAUCAUAUAAAUAUGAGCUAUAAAAAGAUUAUGAUAAAUAAUUCAUAUGAUUACCAAUAAUAUAAUUUUAAAAAAAUUAUCUUUAAAAUUUGAAUGAUUACAAAAAAAGUUUAUUUUUAUCAUUCAUUCUGUGGAGAAAAGAAAUUAUUGGUCACAAUUAAGUUAGAUGUUUGCUAAAAAUCAAAAUUGUUAGGGUUCUUCCAUGUUUUGAUUCUAACCCAUACUAUUUAUUUAAAGAUAUAUAUUUUUAAUAUUUUGUAAUUAUGUUUUAAAUUACAUAAGUUGCUUUUCGAUUUCAUGAAAUACAUGUAUUUUAUUUAAUUAAUAGUGCUACAUUACAAUUAUAUAAAGGUGUUAUUAUUUAUUUUUUUCUCAAAGUCACAAAUUUGUGAAUUCAUUUUUUUACGAAAAGUCGUUUUGUGAAUUAUUUUUUUAUACAUUGCAUUUAGUUCAACGCUCAAAUUUCGUGUGAUUUUAUUUACAAGUUGGUUUUGUUUAACAAUUUUUGACCUGGGAUUUUGAUUUUUUUUCAUUGAAUUAGACUACUUCAUUAUUAUUAUAGCAAUUUGUUUUCAAUUGAAUAGUUGCACUUAAAUAGAUACUUAGAAGAAAAAAAAACAUUCCUCCCUUUUUGCAAAAUAUAUUUUAACAAAAAUAAUUUACCAUAGACUUUUUAUUUUCUAAUUUGCAUCCUUAUUGAAUUGUGGAUAAAUUAACUUCAUGAUUAUGCUUAGUAUCAAUUAUUAAACUUUUAUCUUUUUAUAAUUAUAUUUCCCACUUUCCUUCAUCUUCAGUUUUACAAAUUUUAAAAUUUUUCAGAAAUCAUUUUUACCAGUUCAUUUCUAUGUUAUGAAGACGGGAAUUGUUUUUUAUGAAUGCUUUUCAUUUGAUGAAUAAUCUUAUAAUUUAUAUAUUUAUUAUUAUUUUAAAAGAAAAUUACGUUUUUUUUCAGCAAAAAAAGUGUACUUAAAUAUCCUUUUCAUCUGGAGCAACCUUAUUUGUUUCAAUCAUAAUCAAUUAAUUCCAAUUAAUUAAUACAAUUUCUUUAUAAGAAUAAAAAAAAUUAAAUUCUUUUUUUAAAUAUUAAAAUUAGGACAUUUUGCUAUUUUUCAAACUUAAAUAUACUUUGUCCAAUGUGCAAUAUAAAAGUGCUAAUUAAAAUUGUGCAAGCGGUAUCAGCAUAACUUCAUCAAAAAGAAAAAUAAUCUAUCAAACUUAUGUUAUAACUUUCUUUU